AUGUACUCUAGCCUUCAAGAAGCCAUUUUCAUCAACUCCGACAUCCGAGAGGAGGUUGGAAGUUGCAUCUCCUUCACUCUUCCAUCAAAUGAGGAGAAUGAUCAAGAACUUGAACCAUUUAUCAGUGCUUUAAAGACUAAUAAGAGUGCAGAAGUUCCCACUCAUGACAACACAGUGGACGAUCCUCCUCGAAAUGAAUACGUUGCUAUAAAAGAUGUUCCCAAUACAACUUUUGUGUUGGAUGGUCCUCUUUUGAAGACUAGUGACAGAGCUGAUGCAAAUUUCUCCACUCCAAUCUCCGAGACAUUCAAUCCCAAUGACAAAGACAAUAUAUCUGCUGAGAUUAUGUUUGUAGAUGAAAACAACACCUUUGGUGUCAUUCUAGUUCCUUCCUCGUCUAAUCUAUUGCAAAAUCCUUCUUCCUCCAUGGCUCUCUAUGACUUUGGACUCUCUUCGUUCAUGGAAAAAAUGGAAGGAAUCACAUCACCUCCCCUUAUCUAG